UCAAAGGACUCUGCUCGAGAACGGGUGUUGUGACUUGUGUUUCGAAGCCGGCGCAGUUAGCUCCGCGCCGCAACACUGCGCGCGCGCCUGUUGCUCUUUGUUUAAAUUAAGGGCAGAAAAAAUGCCGACCCCAGAUUACAGCGUGGACCUGGACCUGGGUGAGCCGCCGCCGGAACUGAUGGAGUACGCUCGUCAGCACUGCGGAGAGGACCCCAACACAAGACUCCAGGCCAUCUACGAACUGAGAGAAAUGAUUUAUGAACGCGGUGAAUGCAACCCUCAUCGGAUGGACGAUGAAUAUUUAAUUAAAUUUCUGCGCGCGCGCAACUUCAUUCCAAAACGGGCACAUAGAUUGAUCGUGAACUACUACCAGUUCAGAGAAGACUACCCUGAGUUGUUCGAGAACGUGUUCCCCCUGGACCUGAGGACCAUCGGCGACGCCAACGUGAUGGCGGUGCCGCCCUACAGGGACCAAGAUGGACGACGGCUGCUGUUCUAUAGAAUAGGUUGUUGGAACGCAAAAUCCAUUCCGGUUGAAGAUCUGUUCAAAGCCACUAUUAUAGCUCUGGAGCUCGGCCUACUGGAGCAGAGGUCACAGAUCCUGGGAGGAGUCGCCGUGUUCGACCUACAAGACAUCGGCACUCAGCACGCGUGGCAGAUCACACCCUCUGUCGCUUCCAAAAUGGUCAAACUUAUGGUGUCAUGUUUCCCGGUUACGACCUACGCUAUCCACAUCGUCAACCACUCCUGGCUGUUCGACAAGAUCUUCAACAUCUUCAAGCCGCUGCUGAACUCCCAGAUGCGGUCGAAGAUCUACUUCCACGGCCACGACAUGAGCUCGUUACACAAACACAUAAAACCUGACCACCUACCGGAGAGGUACGGCGGAGUCUGGCCAGAUUACUCCUACACGAUCUGGCUAAACUCCUUGAAGAAGAAUUAUAGUGUAGCCAAAGGAGUCAUCAGCUACGGCUACAAGUUCCGGGAAAAUGAGGUAGACCCUGAGGUCGCGAGGCAGUUGAAGGAGAAUGGCUUUAAGUUAUAUUAAAAGCCAGAGUUAGAGCAAAAGAAGCUAAUUAAGUAACGCUUUCUUUUUGGAUACUUUUAAGUGACUGGCAGUCACAGUAAAUACCUGCCUCCAAACAUUUCAAACUUUUCGGAAGAUAGUAAAUGCAUAUAAGAACAAAUGUUAAGCGGAUAAAAUCAUCAACAAAAGGUUUUCUGCUUCUAUAGUAAUUUAUAAUUGUUAGGAUUAAUUUCUUCUUUCAUUCCUUCUUAAAAUAGUUUUGUUAAGUUUGUCUGCUUGAUUAUUUGAAAGCAUAUUUAUGUAAGUUGCUUUGCUUGUGCUACAAAUGAUGUAAUAAUUAAGAUUAAUAUUUAUACAAAAUGAAGAAAUGCCCGAAAACUGCUUGCCAUUUAGCGUAUUUAGAUUUGCCUUAGAGCCUGUAGUUUAUUAUACUUACAACAAUGUUAGCCGCCGUAAGUAGUUUCAUUAUAGAAAAAAUAAAAUAGUGUUAGAUUUAUUUCAAGAACAAAAUCCAAUAUUGGUUUUUCAUUUAAUUUAAUCGCAGUCUUUACUG